AUGAGUUCCCAGAAGUCUUACGUGAAUGAAAGUUCUCACCUAUCAGAGGAAACAAACGAACUGAUCGGAACUUUAGCCGUCAUUCUACAUGUUCCAUUAACACCAUCUCAACUCUCGAUUUGCGUGGCACUAAUAGAGAAAGGUGUUUCUCAUCAAGGUUUGAUAAAGUCAGUUAUUCCUUUAAAGAAGAAAGUGAAUGAAUCACUCUUUGCUCUACAGACAUUGGUUGACAAAAACAAAUUAAGCAUUGGAUGCAAUUUAACCGGUCCUCUUCGAGGGAGAGUAUUAAAUUUGUAUGAAAAUGCUAAAGAAGCAUGUCAGAAGGAAGCCGACUUCGUCAGAAAUUUGCUGGUCGAUAUUGAGAAGUUACAUAGAAAGAGAUAUAAAUUGCAACGUGUCAACCCAAUGGGUCGAGGUGAGUUGAUGCAAAUGUUAUCACAGAGUGCGCGCAUUACUCCACUUUGGAUUGGACCUCCUGAUACUCAUCCACCAGCUUUAGUUGGUGCUAUUUCAGCACCUGUAUCGAUGUCUUUAAAAGUUGGUAUGGAAGUAGCCGCAUUCAUAGAUGGAAUUUGGAUUCUUGCUGAAGUACUUCAUACUCAGGCCGGUUCAAAAUAUGAGAUAAAAGAUAUCGAUGAUGAACAAAAAACUAAAUAUGUCGUACGCAGAAGUCGACUGAUUCCUUUACCUCGUUGGAGAGCAGAUCCAUUGCGUGAUAGUCAUGCUUUUUUUCCAGUCGGUGCCAUCGUACUUGCUCUUUAUCCCCAAACUACGUGCUUUUAUAAAGGUGUGAUAGAUCGAACACCAGAUACUUCACUUGAUGACUAUUUAGUAGCGUUCGAAGAUUCUUCGUUUCCACAAGGCUACUCACCUCCAUUACCAGUUCCUCAGCGUUAUGUUCUCACUCAUAAAAUACCAAAAGUGUAUAAAAACCGUUCUGCUUGCAAAUGA